CCGUCUCCCACCGCAUCGAUCAUCGAUCUCUAUAUACACAUCCCACAAAAUGACCGGAGUGAACCUCAUCGCCACCCUACGACCCGCCCCCGGGAAGACGGCCGAGCUCCGUCAGAUCCUCUGUGAGACCGCCCACAACGUCAAGCAGGUCGAACAAACCUGCUUCACUUUCCUCCUCACGGAAUGCAAGCGCCCCGAUGGCACCAUCGAGUUCAAGGUGAUCGAAAGAUGGGCGAAUAAGGAGGCCUUGGAGGUGCACCACGAGCGCUCCUGGCUGCAGAGCAUGUACUCCACCUUUGACGAGAAGCAACUGCUGGAUGGCCCGGAGCAGAUCGAGGAGUUGACGGUGAUUUCUGGCUUUGCUGCCCGCUAGAGAAACUUCCUAUGUGUCAUUCGGACGCUGGAGAUAGUGGAAUGGAAUUGGC